AUGCCCGAAAGAAGAAAAAGAAACUCGUUCGAUUCUUUCAAAUAUUUCGAAACGGAUUCGCCAAUUCUUUCAAACGUUUCUCUCCCAGCAUGCACCUGUAACGGAUACGCCAGCUCGUGCAAUUACGAGCCAAUCAAGAACAAGGGCGUGUGUAUCACCUGCUCCAACAACACGGCGGGCGAUAACUGCGACACAUGCGCAGUGGGCUACUUCCUGAACCCCAGGCGCGCCAAUCAAACGUCAUAUAACACGACAGAGCCUUUCUGUUUACCUUGCAACUGCAACCCUAAUGGCACCCAGAGUGGAUCUUUGACUACCUGUGACGUCACUACCGGCCAGUGCGCGUGCAAGGAGCGCGUGACGCAGAGGGAUUGUAGCGAGUGCAGGGACACGUUCUGGGGCCUCAGCGGGGAUAAAGUGCUUGGAUGUGACGCGUGUUCGUGUAACCCUAUUGGAACUGUGAACAACACCAACCUGUGCAACAAGACAACCAGCCAAUGUUUGUGUAAACUAAACGUCGAGGGCACGGACUGCAGCCAGUGCAAGGUCAACACGUACAACCUGACGUUGACUAACCCCAACGGGUGCAGCUCGUGCGACUGUGACCCGGGGGCGUCGUCCAGCAGCUCCUGUGACCCUGGGUCCGGCCAGUGCUCCUGUCUGGGUAACUUGAUGGCCCGGGACUGUCGGCUCCCUCCCCUGGGCUACUACGUGCCUCGUCUGGACGCCAUUGUUCUGGAGCCGGAGAGCUUCACAUCUGAGAAUGUCGUGUUACGCACUGGUCACGGUACAGCGGACGCCACAGUGAGUGGGCGUGGUUUUGUCAGGUUGUCUUCUGGUCUCCAGACACAGCUCAGGUUUACGUCACUUUUUAACGGACCAAUGGAAGCUGUUGUCAGAUUUGAGCGUAAUGCCAGCGACAGGUUGGUGUCGCUGGUGGUGAAUGUGACGUCACUAGAGGGCAACUCGUGCGGCGGGGUGACGUCACUUCCAGGCGUGCUUGGCAGCUUUGUGGUCAACACCGUGAAUAACGAAAUACGGGGCGGCGUUGUAUUGGGCAAGUUGUGUAUGAACAAGGGCAGCAACUACACUGUGAAUGUAGCAGGCACAGGGCCGAGUGUGCUAGUGGACUCAAUAGUUUUUAUACCGGACACAACGGCCGUCGUGACGUCACUAUCUAACCGAUUGGACAUUGACAGUAUGAAGAACUGUGUCACCAUGGCAGCGACCAAAGUGAGGUCAGCUAGAGCGAGCUGUGCCAGCAUUGAGUACAGCCUGAUGGCCAGUCUGCUGAACGGUUCUGUGGCAUGUUCGUGUCAAUCUGGAGCCCUCAAAACUGGCAUGUGUGACCGGAUGAGUGGGGACUGCGACUGUUUGCCAGGAGUUUUGGCACCAGACUGCAGCUACUGUCCUGCUGAUCAUUAUCAGUUUUCGUUAGCAACUGGAUGUUUAGCAUGUUCCUGCAGCCAGAAUGGAUCAGUUGACCCAUUCUGUGAUUCUAAAGGAAGUUGUACAUGUCUGCCCAAUGUCCAGGGAACAAAAUGUGAUGCUUGUAUCUCAGAAUAUUAUGGCUUGUACACAAAAACAGGGUGUAAACAAUGUGCCUGCAGCCCUAAAUACUCUCUCAACAACAACUGUGAUGAUCAUGGUGUCUGCCUGUGUAAGCCUGGUGUUAGGGGCCCAGUGUGUGAUGGAUGCAUGGAUGGAUACUACAACUUGACAACAGAUGGCUGUACACAGUGUGCUUGUAACCCUAAUGGUAGCAUGGCCCAGUCUUGUAAUGUCAACACAGGAAGUUGCCAGUGUCUCCCUAGUGUAGAGGGAGCUGCUUGUUCCCAGUGUAAAACAGGUUUUUAUGGUCUUGGGAAGUGGAGCCCAAAUGGUUGUUUCCCCUGUUUUUGCUGGGGUCAUGGUCAGGCCUGCACAUCAGCCAGUGGCUGGUACGACACACCUGUGUCCAGCACAUGGGGGCCUUCAUUAGGGACAGAUGGGUGGACAGCAGAAAAUUCUAGAAAAGUCAGCAUUCAGCUACAAACAGACCAGUUUGCAAUGAGAAUUAACCAAACUUUGUUGUCCACUGAGGAUGUGUAUUAUGUUGCCCCUAUUAAGUUCCUUGGUGACAGAAAAUCGUCUUAUGGACGUUAUCUAACUGUCACUGUUGCGCCGUCGAACCCAGUGCUAGUUCUAGAUCCAGUCCAGUUGCAAGUUGAGCUUAAAGGAGCUUACAUUAACAACACUUUGGUGUACACAGCUAAUGUUUCCAGCACGUCUGCAACUUCACUUCUCACCUACAAUAUUCCUUUAACUGAGCUUAAUUGGCAAGUUGUAACAAAAGUUCUGACCACAGCUGACAAUGUAACAGUUAUCAAUAUCUCUUACCUGGGCAAUGCAAGCUACUACCAGUUCCAGGGGACCUUGGCCAACUUGGCUGCUCUAAGCAUCAGAGGCUAUAAAGGAAAUGUUACAAAUUCAUCUUUGGAUAUGAUUAGUGUUGUGCUGGAUGGCGCCACAUUUACCAACAUCCCUGGGAGUGGUUCUGUAAAUAAUGUGGAACUUUGCACCUGCCAGAAAGAAUACACAGGAACUAAUUGUCAGAAAUGUGCUAAUGGCUACACUAGGGUGUUCCCUAACUCAACUGACCCUAGUGGUCAGUGUGUUCCCUGUAACUGUAAUGGGCAUGGAGUGACAUGCACUGGAGAAAACUGCUCCACAGUUGCAGCCCCUUGUGACCCUGACACUGGGGUGUGUACAUGUCAACACAAUACAAAGGGAGAUCACUGUGAAGUAUGCAUGCAGGGGUAUUAUGGGAACCCACUCAGAGGAACACCAGUGGAUUGUGCCCCUUGUUCAUGCCCAGGUGUCAUAACUGCUAACGCAACAAAUGCAUUUGCAACCUCCUGCACACUGGUUGGCAACUCACCUGUGUGUCAAGACUGUAAAGAAGGACACACAGGCAAUGCAUGUCAAGUCUGUAAAGAUGGCUACUUUGGUACUCCAGAGAAUAUUACUAACUUUGGUGGAGCGUGUAGGCAGUGUCAGUGUAAUGGGCGGGCAAGCACUUGUGACACAAGAACAGGAAAUUGUUCGGCAUGUCAGAACAACACAGCUGGUCAAAACUGUGAACUCUGUGCAUCUGGUUACUAUGGUGACGGUGAUCCCUUGACUCUUUCUUGCAAACCCUGCACAUGUCAAAAUAUGACUGGCAGUUCAGGGCUGUGUGAUCACAAGACAGGUGUUUGCCAAUGUUUACCAAAUGUUUAUGGUCCAGCUUGUGAUGUGUGUGAGAAUGAAUCUUUUAACCUUACAGCAGGCAGAGGCUGUGAGCUUUGCAACUGCAACACAAAUGGAUCAACAAGUACAGUUUGUGACAAGAUAACUGGCCAAUGCCAAUGUAGGGCUUUGGUCACUGGAAGACUGUGUGAUCAGUGUCAGGCAACCUACUGGAAUGUCAACCCUGUCACUGGAUGUGAUUCGUGUCAGUGUAAUGCUACUGGUACAGCUAAAUUUGUGAACGGAACAGCUCAAGAUUCAUGUGAUGUCAGGACAGGGCAGUGUGUCUGUGCUUCUGCAGGGAUUGUUGGUAGAACUUGCAACGCCUGCUCUCCGGUAUCAAAAUAUACAUUUCAAUAUGUUCAUUUGUUUAAUCUGGGUGCCUACCCAGACUGUACCCUGUGUGGGGAGUGUUUUGACUCCUGGGGUCAGAGGAUUGAUGAACUAGGGAAAGGUUUGGAUGAAAUGGAUGAUAAAGUUGAUGUUAUAUGGAGUCAGUACAAUAACCAAUCCAGAGAAGAAGUCAAAUCAGCCCUGGCCAGAAUUGAGGAAAAAAUAAACCAAACUGACAUAUUGGUGGCCAACUUUGAAUCUAUUUCUAAGCAGUUACAGAGGCUGCAAGUACAGUUUUCUGAGGCAUUUUCAAGACUGACCAACAUUUCCACUGAAAUAGAAAUUUUAACCCAGUCCGACCAACACCUGGCCACCACCCUGAACUCUCUUGUGUCUGAUGUUGUGGGCAACAGCUCUACUACAACUUUAUCCAGUGUUCGUACACAACUGGAUAAUCUUAUCCUUGCUGCACAGGCAACAAUACUUCAAGGCAACAAAUCAUGGAGUGAAAUUCAAGCAUUGUCAUUUGUGGUUGCUUCCCCUGAGGAUAAGAAAAAGCAACUCCAGGAUCAAGGCAAGAAGUUGAUGGACUUGGCUAAUCUAGUUAAUGUGACAUAUAUCAGUUUAAAGUCCCUGUAUGAGACAUCGCUGAUCUCUGGGGUUGAUGACCGUGGUAAAAAUAUCAACACAACACUUGAAAAACUGGCUAAUAUCAGCAACUCUCUACAAGAAGUGGCGUCCACCAUCACACAGAUACAGCAGGAUGCUGCUGCAGCAGACGUCUCCGUGAGAUCUCUGAUUGGUCAAUCUACUAAAACACGGUCAGACAUAUUGGAUGCUGUCAUGCGCUUACAGCAAUAUGUUGUUAAUGCGACUGGAGCUCAAAAUGCAGCAGACAAGGCACUUAAAGAUGCUCUCAGUUUUAAGACAUUGGCAGUGAAAGCUGAAAACACAAUGAAAGACUCCAUGACCGCCAUCUUGGAGAACAUUGCCUCCAUAACCCAAGCCCAGUCUGAUCUGAUAAAUGCCCAGAGCCUGAGUCUGUCUGUGCAGCUCCUGCAGAUGCCAGUUCUGGCAGACAUGCAGGUGCUGGUCCAGCAGAUCUCCACCUCAAAUGUUUCUCAAGCUGCAGUCGACAGCUUGAAUAUUUUUGUUAAACAGGCCUUGUACAAUGCUGGGGAGGCUGUUAAUCAGGCCCAGAAAACAUUGACUAAAAGUAGAGAACUGAACCAAGAAAUCCAACAAAUGAAAGCAGAUGUGGCGACCUCUAGAGACCUGAGGAAUCAAGUGGAGACAACUCUUAUAGAUGCUAAUGCCCUCAACACCACAAUCAACAAUAUACUACAGAAUGCAACAGACCACAGUUUUCAGGUGGAUGCCAAUGUUUCCACCAUCACUCAGCUUGCCAAGGGUGUCCAGGCAGACAUAAAAAACCUGUCCAGUUGCAUCAACCAGCAAAAUUUGGAUGCCAAUAAUGCAGCAACUGCGGCCAAUCAGGCACAUGACAAAGCUGCAACUGUUAGCAAUGCCCAGAUUAAACUGAUUCAAGUUGUGUCAGGCAUCAGCACACAGGAGAGUUCCUCAGACAUCACCUUGGCCUUGACUAAUCUAACACAGGCAGACGCAGUUAUGAAAAAAGUUGAAGAUGACUUUACUACGCUAAAAAAUUUUGCAAUAUUGGAAACUUUGGUACAAGCUUUAGUGAAUCAAAGUAUAGAAGCAACCAACUUAGACAAGGAGAUAACUCAACUGACAGCUGAACUUGACAUCAUAAUUAUCUCCCUUGACAAAUAUGCCAGUGGAGCUGUAUGCAACAAUGUAUAAACAUUUUCAAAAUUAAAGUUUUUAUUCUAUUAUUUUACUUCACCGAUCAAAUUAGUUCAAAGUUAAUGUCAUUUUUCUUUUGGAGCACAUUCAGUUUUUCUUUACAAAAGGUUUCAAACUAAAAUAAAAUACACAUUUUUUAAUGUAUAAAACUGAUUUAAUUAUAGUACUGUAAUAAGCUUGAAAAGUCUAUGUAAUCAUUCAAAUUUUUUUAAAAAAUCUUUUUAAACACAUGGUAAGCAAUAAAAUUAUAGUUACAUUUAAAAAAAUUAAAAGCUGUUUGGGAACCAUUAAUUACACUUAUUUUCAUAUUUUUUUAUCGGGGGUCAUCCAUAAAUGAUGGCAUGCUUUUUUUGACGAUUUUUACCUCCCCCCCUCCCCUCCGUCACACAUCAUCACAAAAAGCCAGACCCCCCCUAAAAUGACGUCACACCUAAGCCUACAAUCCCCCUCAAAAUUGCAGUUGAAUUUUUCUUAAAAUCUUGUCUGAACUCUGUCAAAAUAGAGUAUUUUAACCAAUUCCUAUUGCAAUUUAUUAAAACAGUUUUCUAAAACGCGAAAUAACGUCUAAAAUUCAUUUUCUAACAUUGCUUUUUUAUAAUGAACCCCCCCCCUCCCCUCAUCAUACAGUCACAAAAUUACGGACCUCUCUCCCCCCUGUGAUUGUGACGUCAUUUAUGGACGACCCCUUGAAUAUAAGCCAUUGAAAAGCUAUGUUUUCAAUUCUAAUGUUUCUAAAUACUGAUCUCAACCUCUCCUUGAAGUCAACCGGAAUGGCCAGGGAGAGUAAAACAGUAAAAGUCACAUCAAUUGUUUUUCAUGAUAAAUACACAAUAGUGCUCAAUGGUGUAUAAUGUAGUAUUGUAUUUCUAUUAAAUAAUAUAACAUCCCCUAUCACUACAAUACCCUGACUCUACUAAUCCAAAUUAAAAAUAAAAGUGUUUGCUAAAUUACUAUUGCAUUGCUAGUAAUUAUUUGUUUAACUAUUUCUAGCCUUAAUAAAACCAGAAGUCAUUUUGUCGUUAUUACACUAAUGUUAUAAAAUAUUAAAUUUUGGUUGAUAAAUUUGCUAUUCAAAUUCUUUUUUUCCAAAUAUCUUUUAGUAUGUUAGUAUUGUUAGCUUGUUAGCCAAUGAUAAAAAAGACAAUAGGCAACUGAAAAUUCGACAACAGUUUUAUUGCAUGUUUUUUUACUUUUAAAUUGUGUUUUGCUAAUAAUGAAAGUUAAUGUCCCCGGUUUAAUUAAAGAUAUCAAAGAUUUCUUAAGAUUGUAUAUACAUAUUUUUUUGUUACUGAAAUUCUUUAUACACCACAAUACUUUUGUUGAAAAUAAAUGCAUAAUUUUUGUUUUA